AUGGAGGCGCCGGGGUUGCCGCCAGCCGCGAAGACUCCAGCCGCCAGCCGGAGCCUCAAGCUGCUGCUGCUGCCGCUGCUGCUGUUCCUGCUGCUGGCCCAGACCCUGCGGGGCUCGGAGGCGGAGGAGAGGCCCCGAACCCGGGAAGAGGAGUGCCACUUCUACGCGGGGGGACAAGUGUACCCGGGGGAGGCGUCCCGAGUGUCGGCCGCCGACCACUCCCUGCACCUCAGCAAAGCCAAGAUUUCCAAGCCAGCACCUUAUUGGGAAGGAACCGCUGUGAUAAAUGGAGAAUUUAAGGAGCUCAAGUUAACUGAUUACCGUGGGAAAUACCUGGUUUUUUUCUUCUACCCGCUUGAUUUCACUUUUGUGUGUCCAACUGAAAUUAUCGCCUUUGGUGAUAGAAUUGAAGAAUUCAGAUCCAUAAACACUGAAGUGGUGGCAUGCUCUGUCGAUUCUCAGUUUACCCAUUUGGCCUGGAUCAACACCCCUCGAAAACAAGGAGGACUUGGACCAAUAAAGAUUCCACUUCUUUCAGAUUUGACCCAUCAGAUCGCAAAGGACUACGGUGUAUAUCUGGAAGACUCAGGCCACACUCUUAGAGGUCUCUUCAUUAUUGAUGACAAAGGGAUCCUAAGACAGAUUACUCUCAAUGACCUUCCUGUGGGCAGAUCAGUGGAUGAGACACUGCGUUUGGUUCAAGCAUUCCAGUACACCGAUAAACAUGGAGAAGUCUGCCCUGCUGGCUGGAAACCUGGUAGCGAAACAAUAAUCCCAGAUCCAGCUGGCAAACUGAAGUAUUUCCACAAACUGAACUGA